AUGACUGCUCAACAUCCCGACUUCGACCAACUUCCGCUGGACAAGACUGGCCCUCGGGGUAAUGCAUGGGGACUUUUGGGCAAAGACGACCAGCUGGGUACUCUGAACUAUUUGACAGAUGAGGUAGUUGGACAAGCAGCGAGAGAGAACUUCAAGACUGGGACCAGGCUGUCAUUGAAUUGGUCAAUGAAGGGAGCCUCAUACCCGAAAUUCGCUCGCAAGAACCUGGAACUUAGAUUGAUCAAUAAGGCGCCCCUGAAGCAUGCUCAUGAUGAUGAAUGGAGCUUCAAUUCACAAUGCAGUUCUCAGUGGGAUGGCUUCCGACAUUAUGCUUAUCAAAAUGAAGCAUUGUACUACAUGGGCCGCAAAGCCGAAGAAUUUGCCGCAUCGGACCACCCAAAUAGUAUCCACCAUGUCUCGGCCAAAGGCAUCGCGGGCCGCGCUGUCUUCAUUGACUGGUACUCAUGGGCCCUCGCUCAGGGCUUGGAAAUUGAUGCAAUGUCAUCAUACGAGAUCCCCUUUGACCAGAUCGCCAAAACUCUGGAGUUUCAAAACAUGAGCCUUGACUUUUUGCGAGCGGGGGACAUCAUCGUUAUCCGGUUCGGAUAUCUGUAUCAGUACGAGAAUAUGGACGCUGCUAAGCGCGAGUAUCUUGAUAAGCUUUACCAAACGCAAAAGCCUGACAACAUUGGUCUCAAGCCAUCUGAAGAACUCCUAAAAUUCCUCUGGGAUACCAAGAUUGCAGCGAUCUGUGGAGAUGCACGUUCAUUGGAAGUCUGGCCAUGUAAAGAUCUGGAAUGGCACUUGCAUGAGUGGCUUCUGGCGGGCUGGGGUAUGCCCAUCGGAGAACUAUUCUACCUGGAAGAACUUGCCAAAACAUGCAAGACACUAGGGAGAUACACUUUCUUCAUGUCAAGUUCGCCGAUGAAUGUACCUGGCGCUGUUGCAAGCCCGCCAAAUGCCCUUGCGUUCUUUUGA